AUGUCGGAACCUUCUCCCCGGGCUGUGCGCUUCUCCGACGGCGAAGACGACUUGCAGGCGGACCAGCCAAAGGGACCCAGGUCCUCCAUAGUCGUAGAUGUCGACGCCGAGAACUCGUCGCCCGGGUCAGAAGAGGAACCCAACACCGCCGAAGGCCCAGACGACCUUGGCGACUUGAACCCGUACGGCGACGGUACUGCCCAUGCUGGUCCUCACCCAUCCAUAUCACCCGGAACGCUCGUCAACGGCGGCGGCGGCGGCGGCGGAUCGAAAACGCAGUGGAACAAUCCAUCCGACGAUAGCUCUCUCUACACCAAUGGAAAUCGACCCCAGCGACCGUUGGCACCAACCAGAACCCCUUCGAAUACGUAUAAUCCUGCAACGUCCAGAAAACCGAGGCCUUCUCAACCAAUCCAGCCUUUUGUAGAGCAGGUUCGCUCAUCGUCAAAAACCCGGCUGCGGCAGAACGAGAGCAGAUUCCGCGCACAAGAGCGAGCCUAUGUGCAAAAGCUGCGACACGAUGCCGCCGGCGAGUACUUUACCGCGUAUCAGGGAAUAAACGGGAACGACUCGGACUCGGAAGGAGAAACGCCCUCUUCCGAGGGACACUAUGAUGACCGUCUGGACCAGGAAACAAUCAUGUUCUACGGCAACGAUAGUCUCCAACCGACCGUGGAAGACCUGAAAGAUCCCGACAACAAGGAACGGCUGGAGUGGUACGGCAUGCUUGAGGCCGUCUUGACGGGGGAUGUCGUUCGCCAGGAAAAGAAGAGACUCAUCGGCCCGUCUGACCAGCAAGCCAGCAAAACCGCGCACAAGUCGGAGCUCUGGCUCGGUGUGAGGGCCAAGUCAUGUGGCAGGCAGCUUCCCGUGCAGAAGCGAAUGGUGGAAGAGGCCCGAAGCACGGUGGAUCGCUUGCUGGACGAAAUCAUCGACUUCGAGGUCAAGGGGGAGAGCGAAGCGGGGAAACCACCCUACGAGCAAGUAAAGGACGUUGUCAAGAAGAUUGAAAGGUGCGAAAGCUUGUAUCCUUCCUGGCAAUCUCUGGCCAUGGAGCACAAGAAGGCCGACUCCCCCCAAUUUCACGAAGCCUACGAGGCUAUAUUUUCUUGGUACAACACGAACAAGAUGAUCAACACAGAACUGUCCAUUUUGAAAAACUGGGUCGGCAACGACGAGCUGGACUUUUCCCGCACCAAGCAAAGGUCGCCCGUCGUCGACGGCAUCACGACUGACGAGACGUCGUUUCUGGACAGACUCAUGAAAGAGGAUGGCCUGCAGUCUCUGUACGACGAUGACGACCGAAAUCCCCAAAAGGGCAUGCUGUGGCCCAUUUCCUCCAUCAUCAGCAAGGUCAAGGAGACUCUGAUUCGCAACUCGGCCCCGUUCCAGAAACGACACUUGCCGCCCUACCUGGAAGAGCUCCUGACGCUCAUCAGCUUCCCUUCCCGUCUCAUCGAGGAAAUAACCAAGACGCGUCUCGAAUACGCUAGGAGAGUUAAAGAGGCCGCCCAGCAGAACCCCAUGAUGCAAGAGCAAAUGAUUUCGCAGUUUCAACUGCUCCUCAAGUUCGCGAUACGAAUAAAGCAAGAGUAUCUGUCCAUUGAGAGCCCAGAACCUGGUUGGGAUCUGCCGCCUUGCAUCGACGAAUCGUUCGAUCAUGUGGUUCUGGAGGCGCUGAAGUACUACUUCAAAAUGCUCAACUGGAAGUUGAGCGGCAACAAAAACACCUUCAAAGAAGCCGAGCUGCUGUUUCAGGAAUGGGAUUUCGCCAAUUACAUCGGCACCCAUCUCCAGGGCGGUCAUGUGGAAGUGGCCGAGCAAUUCAGCUCCCUCACGUUCAAGGCUCUGAAUCGACUAAGCCAAACGUUUGAGAAAGAGCUGCAGGUCAAGCCGAGGGAGAGUGCUGCCGAGAUGAGCAAGCGGUACAAGGCUUGUUUGGAUUCCGUCCGGAUCCGCCAGCGAAUGCUCCAGCGAUUUUCGAGGAUGCUGAGCGACAACUAUGAGCAUGCGUCCGACUUUAGCAUCUCCUUCCCCCCCGAGAGCAUGCAAAAGUUUUACGAUCAGCUCGUGGCAUCCGGCCACUUUCGAGUCGAAACGGGUGUGUUUGAGAAGCGUGGCACGUACGUCAUUGCUUCUCCGGAGCUGCACGGAAGGCUGGACGACAUCCGGACCAUGAUGACCGUGACGUGCUUCGAUCGAUUCCCCGACGUGGGCGAGCAAUAUCUCCUCAUCCUGCGGCCCGAGGACUCUCUGAACUGGUUCGGCGAGUCUAUUAGCGUGAAGCUUUGGGAACAGAAUAUCGACCUGAAGAGAGGGCAGUUGCGGCUGUGCGCAACCGGCUCCCACUCGCUGCCGGAUGCGAGACGAGCCUUUCUUGACGCUGUGGAUAUGCACGUGGAUCUACUCCAGGAGUCUAGGUCCAACAUCCACAAGGUCAACAGUAGGCUCAUGGAGAUUCGGCGCGUGGCUUACAAGCUGUCCAACACGUUUAUGGACAGCGUCGAGGUCAUCAGGAAGCAGACAGAAGGGAAGGACUGCCAGGAGCUCAUCCAGACGUGCUUCGUCUUUGCCACGGAAUUCGGCCAGCGUUCUCUGCUGUACAUGGACAGCAACCGAAGACAGAUGAACAAUCUCAAGCUCACCAAGCUGGCCCUCGACUGGGUGAGCUUCAUCUGCGACGACUGCAUCGCGUCGGACCGAAAGUCGUUUCGCUGGGCCGUGCUGGCGCUCGAGUUUGCCAUGGGCAUGACCCGGGGGCGGCACAUCCUGGCCCUCGGCGACGACGAGUACGAGAAGUUGCGGAUCAAGGUGGGCGGCUGCAUGUCCCUGCUGAUUUCGCACUUUGACAUCAUGGGGGCCAGAUCCAACAUGGCGGCGCAGGCGGAGAAGGAGCGGAUGGAGGCGCUGGUGGGCCAGUUCAGAAAGCUGGAUAAGAACAGGAUGCUCGAUGACGAAGAGGCGGCGCGAUGCAUCACGGAGCAGCGGCUGGUGAGGCUGGAUGUCAUGGACGACUUUAGACGGGAGAAGGAAGGGGAGAGACGGGCUCUCGGGCGGGUUCUCGAGACCAACAACGAGGCGGAUCGAUCUCUGGCCUACCUCUCGUCAUCGGCGACCAACGUGACGAAGCGAUGGCAGCAGGGCCACUUCGUGGGUGGCGGUACCUUUGGCAACGUGUACGCGGCCAUGGACCUGGACACGGGCCUGCUCAUGGCCGUCAAGGAAAUACGGCUCCAGGACCCCAAGCUCAUCCCGACGAUUGCGGAGCAGAUCCGCGAGGAGAUGGGCGUGCUGGAGGUGCUGGACCACCCAAACAUUGUGCAGUACCACGGGAUCGAGGUUCAUCGAGACCGGGUAUACAUAUUCAUGGAAUACUGCUCGGGCGGUUCUCUGGCGAACCUGCUGGAGCAUGGGCGGAUCGAGGACGAGCAGGUGAUAACCUUUUAUGCGCUGCAGCUCCUGGAGGGCCUGGCGUACCUGCACGAGAGUGGAAUUGCGCACCGCGACAUAAAACCAGAGAAUAUCCUGCUGAAUCACAACGGCAUCAUCAAGUACGUCGACUUUGGGGCUGCCAAGGUGAUUGCGCGCCAAGGUCGAACGUUGGCGGCCGACUUACACGCCAGCAAGCCGAACAAGUCGAUGACGGGCACGCCCAUGUACAUGUCCCCCGAGGUGAUCAAGGGGGAGAACCCAGGCCGAGCGGGCGCCGUGGACAUCUGGUCGCUGGGCUGCGUCGUGUUGGAAAUGGCGACGGGACGACGGCCGUGGGCGAAUCUCGACAACGAAUGGGCCAUCAUGUACAACAUUGCGCAGGGCAACCCGCCGCAGCUCCCGCCAGCCGACCAGAUCAGCGGCCAGGGGCUGGACUUCCUGAGCCGAUGCUUUGCGCGAAACCCGAGGGAGCGGCCGUCGGCGGUGGAGCUGCUCCAGCACGAAUGGAUCAUGGCUGUGCGCAGCCAAGUGGUGGAGCCAAUGACUCCAAGCGACAGCAGCUCGUCUGCGCUGACGAGCCCGUUGACGACGUACUCGAGCAAGGGGAGCAGCUUCAUGAUGGUGGAUGGGACCUUGUGA